AUGGGCAACGGCGGCUCGGCCCUCAAGGUCUGCGCCGAGCACCAGGGAGGCAUCAACUGGCUGAGCCUGAGCCCCGACGGGCAGCGCCUGCUCACGGGCAGCGAGGACGGCACCGCGCGCCUCUGGAGCACGGCCGACAGCCAGUGCCACGGCCACCUCCAAGGGCACGAAAGCUACAUCACCUUUUGCCACCUGGAAAACGAGGCAGCCUUCACGUGCAGCGCGGAUCACACCAUUCGCAAGUGGGACGUGGUGACAGGCCAGUGCCUGGCCGUUUACCGGGGACACACGUCGAUUGUGAACAGGAUUUUAGUUGCCAAAGACUAUCUCUUCAGUGGCUCCUACGACAGGACGGCUCGCUGUUGGAGCGUGGACAAGGAGAAACAAAUCCAGGAAUUCCGGGGCCAUCGGAACUGUGUCCUGACUUUAGCUCACUAUUCCUCCAAGGAUGUUCUUGAAGAGGAGGAGGAGGAGGAGGAAGAGGAGGAGAAAGUGAGCAGGGACCUCCUGGUGACAGGUAGCACGGACUGCACUGUUAAGGUCUGGUGGGUGUCCAGUGGGCGCUGCUACCAGACUCUGCUGGGACACACUGGAGCUGUCUUAUGCCUUAUACUUGACGCACCAAACAGGGAGCUGUUUUCUGGCAGCACGGAUUACACCAUCCGAACGUGGAAUAUUGUCACUGGCGAGCAGCUGAAAGUGUUUAAAGAGCAUCAAGGAUCAGUAAUUUGUCUAGAGCUGGUGAAUCGGCACUUGUACUCGGGCAGCGCGGACAGGACAGUGAAGUGCUGGCUGGUGGACACUGGGGAGCGCAUCCAGACGUACAAGGCGCACAAGCACAGCGUUAGCACUUUGAAAUACCACGCUGGGAUCUUGUUCACGGGAAGCGGCGACGCCUGCGCCAGGGCUUUCAACUCCCGCAGCGGGGUCCUGCAGAAGAUCUUCCGAGGACACAAGUUCAUCAUCAACUGCAUCCAGAUCCACAACGAGCUCUUGUACACGGCUUCCCACGACGGCACGCUGCGGAUUUGGGACAUCCGGGGAAUAUGCAAGAGAAACAAGCGCCGUCUGAAGAAGGACAGAUCCGCCCAGGGCCGCGGCUCUCAGAAGGGCAGCCUGUCCCGGCUUUUCAACAACAAAGUCGGCUGCAUCGUCCAGCAGGAAAACGGGGAACACGAGGCCGUGGAACUCAUGUGA